GAGAGGUACAACAUCGCACGGCGCGCAGCUGCCAGAGAGUGGUGGGCGGACGAUCGGUGAGCCGUCGGUGACGUCCCUCGCGUCGGUGCCGACACGACGCCGCCGCCAUCGCGAUCGACAUUCGGAGGCCAUCAAACGCGUGAGGGUCACUCGGUGCCUGGCGUUGAGAGGGAUCUGUGCAGAGGAGCGUCGUUCCUGAGGACGAGGGAUACUCCCUGGCAAGGGACGGUGGCAGGCAGCUGUGCCAGUGUUACAGACCCGUGAGAAACACGGCGGCAGUCAGUGUCGUGGUGGCCCUGGGCGGCACCGGCGGUCCUCAUGGAUUACCACAUCAAAGUCGAGGGCGGAAGCGUGAUGUCCGGGACGGACAUGACCUACCCUGAGGCGUGGAACAGGUCACCGUGCGACCCUUCACCUCAUCAUAGUGAGAGCCUGAGCUACAAGUCGACCAAGGGCGCGAGCAAGAUCCGGCGUGAUCUGAUCAACAGCGAGGUGGCCGUGCUGCGCGACCUGCUGCCGCUGCCGGCCACCACGCGACAGCGCAUGUCGCAGCUGCAGCUGAUGGCGCUCGUCUGCGUGUACGUGCGCAAGGCCAACUACUUCCAGCAGGUGUUGAAAAAUAUGGAACAAGAAGCCCAUCCACCACCUGCAUUUGGAUUUUCCAAGGCCAUGAACGGGUUUAUGAUGCUGACCACCCAGAGCGGGAAGCUGCUGUACAUAUCCGACAACGCUGCUGAGUACCUGGGACAUUCAAUGGAAGACCUGCUGAUCCACGGCGACUCUGUGUACGACAUCAUCGACAAGCAGGACCAGCAGGCGGUGCAGGCGGAGUUGAUGCGCUCCGCGACCUCCUGCCCCCUGCCCUCCGACGACUCGAGGAUAUUCCUCUGCAGAAUGAACGUCUCCAGGAACGCCCGCCGUCAGAUGCGCUUCGGGGACCAAAAAGUCGUGCUGAUCCGGGGCCACUACCUCUCCUUCCUGCCCCUCUGCAGUCGGAACGAGCCCGUGUUCGUUGCGACGUGUACCCCGAUCGCGAUGCCGGAGACGCGAGACUGCGUCGCUCAGGGAGCCCCCAACAUCUUCACCUCCGUGCACUCGAUGGACAUGAAGUUCCUGCAGAUGGACAAAAACGCCGAAUUUUAUCUGGAGUACCGCAGCUCAGCUGUGCAGGGGCUGUCCUGGUACCAGCUGCUGCACUGGGACAACCUCCGAGAAGUGCAGGCAAAACACAAACUCAUCUGUGCAUCGGAGCAGGAUCGCUCCUGCAUCCUGCUGCUGCGACUGCAGACUCGCACCGGCCGCUGGCUGUGGGCACACUGCGUCCUCCAGGUCAAGGACAACAUGGAGGACAUGCAGCAGUCAGCUAUCGUCUGCACCUGCCAGGUGCUCAGCGAGGAGGAGGCGACAGUGAUGCGCGCCAACUCCUGGCUGUACCACUACUACUCGAUGCAGGGCAAGCUGCAGUACAGCCUGGCGUACGAGACGCAUCCGCGGGUACCGCACUACUACCAGCAGAUGCUGGCCUACCCGACGGCGCAUCAGGAGGCGGGUCUCUACCAGAGCUACUUCCACAGCCAGCUGUCGGCGCAUCCGGAAAUGGCGCACCACCUCUCGCAGGCGGUGCCAGCCGCGCCGCAGUACGUCUUCCCCGCCGCCGCCUACCACCACCACUACCCGGCGCUGGAGCCGGCGCACUGGGAGCGCUACGAGCCGGCGUACUUGCCGCAUGCGCCGCUCGACGGCCGGCUGGAGCUGCCGCCGGCCUGCGCUGCGCAGCAGAAGCGGCCGCCGACGCCGCCCGUCUCGCCGCAGCGGAAGCUAUGCGCGCCGAUCGUGGUGCCGCCGGCCGGCGCCAGCCCGCACCGGGACCCGCGUGCUAUGCUCGCCGGAUGGGCGGACGUGUCGGCGCUGGACGACCUCGGCCGCGACGAGUCCACUUCGUCCGCCUCGGACGCCUCGGACGAGGACCCCCAGCGGCGGCGCGUCGACCGCGGCUGGCUCCGGCUAUAG